AUGGAAACAUUUAGGCAAAUGCAAUCUGUUGGGCUUAAGCUAGAUUCUAGCACCUUAGUGGGCUUGCUCCCUUCAUGUGCACUCUUAAAAGCUAUAAAUAAUGGCAUUUGCAUACAUGGCCAUGCCAUCAAGCUUGGUUUUGAAUCUGAUCUCCGCGUCAUGAAUGCCACCAUUGACAUGCAUGCCAAAUGUGGGUGCAUUGGUCAUGCUGAGAAAUUAUUUCAGACCGAAUUUCUGAAGGAUGAGAUCUCAUGGAACACUAUGAUUGCAGGAUAUGCACAAAAUGGGCGCCCAAGGACGCUGUUUCUAUUUUUUGUUGGGAGAGUGAAAGAGAAGCUCCAGCGCAAUUUGGUCUUCAUUGUUAGCAUAAUACCAGCCUAUGCACAAUUGAUGGCUUUGAAUGAAGGAAAAGCCAUCCAUUCAUUUAUAGUAAAAACUAGGCAUGAAGGACUAGUUGAUGAAGGUUUGAGAAUUUUCGAAUCCACGAGAUAUGAAAACUACAUUGAACCAUAUUUGGAGCACCAUGCUUGUAUGGUCGAUCUAUUGGGUCGUGCAGGUAAGAUUGAGGAAGCAUGGGCUUUUAUUCAAAGGAUGCAUAUGAAGCCUGAUGCUGGUGUAUGGGGGGCUUUAUUGGGUGCUUGUCGGAUUCAUCUCACUGUAGAGUGGGAUGAUGCUCAUAAGAUGAGAAUGGUUAUGCACAGUAAAAGGCUGAAGAAAUUCCUGGUUGCAGUUGGAUUGGAGGAGAAGAUAGCAACAGUAGAGAAGUUUAUUUGCCUAAAAGAGUGGAGGGAGGCGGGUCAUAUACUCCCUAUGAGAUUCAUGCUGAAUAAUUUAUACGAAAACAGAGAAACCAUGAUCCAUUAUAGAAAUAUUCAGUGA